GCUUUUCUCCUAAAAUGUCAUCGAGUAGUGCGGAACCCCAUCGCGCCAGUUGUCUUCCGGAGCUCGAUGAGUUACUGGCAAGGCCAGGAAAUCGACAUUGCGCUGAUUGCGGCCGGGACAGCCCCCGCUGGGCAAGCGUCAACUUGGGCGUCUUCCUUUGCCGCGAUUGCGGCAGUUUCCAUAACCGUCUCGGAGUCAAUGUAUCCAUAGUCCAGAGCCUAGUUUUGGAUUCAUGGCAGAACACGUACGUAAUUGGCGGCCUGAAUCUUUCACC